AUGGAGGGGAAGGCGGAGAAGGCGAGGGGUUCGCGUCUUUUCAGGUGGGUGAAAAGGCGGUUGCUUGGUGUGGGGGGUGAUGGAGAAGAAAGUGAAGCUGGCUAUACGGCGUCAUUUGAUCGAGGCGGGGGAAUAUCGGCUCCUGAUAUUGUCGGCCGAUAUGGAUCGGGUGACAGCGGGCCGGGUAUGGAGAUGCCGAUCCCGCACGACAGCGAUCGCUACGACUUCGUUCGGGAUAUCGGGUCGGGUAACUUCGGCAUGGCCCGAUUGAUGACAGAUAAGCAGACGAAAAGAGCUUGUUGCGGACUUGGGUCAAGUAUAUUGAGCGAGGCGACAAGAAUGGAUGACGAGUUGAAGCCGAUCCACACCAAGUCUAUGUCACCGCUCGUCUCUAACUCUUGCAGCCCGGGCCUUAAUAUCUCAGAUAAACUCGUUUUCAACCUCACGCAGCUUGUAGCAAUGCCUGAUGACCACACGUUCCAGCUUGUAGCAAUGCCGGAAAAUUAUAUCGGGAAGACUAAUUUUCUACACCAAUCGCCGGCGAGCCCCUCCGCCGCGCAAUACCCCCGACCGUCGCCUGCUCGCAAGUCCUCCGCCGUGAACGCAUCUCUGUUCGCGAGCAGCAAGCCGCGAGUCUCUGCAAAUCUGACGCCGCGAGCCUCCCGCCGGCGAGUAUCCUCCGCGUGGACCUGCGAAAUUCGAUCAGAACCAGUCGCGAGCCCUCUGCGACGAGACCCCAGCAACGCCACGACCCGCUCUCCUCCCACGCCGUGA